AACGGCAACGGCCUGUGAAACACUAAAUGCGAACACGAUAUGCCCAAUCGUUAGGUAUCAUAUAUCUCCGGCGAUCUCCUCUUCUCUCACUUCAACCUUUCUGAAUUUCGGUAUCGUAACCUCAAUCUGCAGUCAAUUUGCAUCACAACCAGGGAAAAGGAUACUGCAGUGGUGUGUGUUGCUGGUGUAAUUGGGAGUGUUGAAUAUGAGUUCAGACAGCAGGAGCAGAAGCAGGAGCAGGAGCCCUGUGGAUAGAAAGAUCCGUACUACACGAUCUUCUUAUCGUGAUGCACCUUACAGGAGGGAUGGUCAUAGGGAUUUCAGCCAAAACAUUCUGUGCAAGAAUUGCAAGCGACCGGGUCAUUUUGCUAGAGAGUGCCCUAAUAGUGCGUUAUGCCACAAUUGCGGUCUUCCUGGGCACAUUGCAUCAGAAUGCAGCACAAAAUCCCUAUGUUGGAACUGUCGAGAACCAGGUCACAUGGCCAACGACUGCCCAAACGAAGGCAUCUGUCACACCUGUGGUAAAGCUGGACAUCGAGCUAGAGAUUGCACAUCUCCUCCGAUGCCACAUGGCGAUAUGAACAAAUUAUGCAAUAACUGCUACAAACAAGGCCAUAUUGCAGUUGAUUGCACUAACGAUAAGGCAUGUAAGAACUGCAGGAAAACUGGUCAUAUUGCCCGAGAAUGCACAAACUCGCCCAUUUGCAACCUUUGUAAUAUCUCAGGUCAUCUCGCAAGGGUUUGCCCCAAAGGAAACACUCAUGAUGAUCGCAGGAGUGGUUAUCGCGGUGGUGGCGGUGGUGGUUAUCGAGAUGUUAUAUGUCGUAACUGUCAUCAGUCAGGUCAUAUUAGUAGGGAAUGUACGGGGCAGGCUCCUAUGAUGAUAUGUCAUAAUUGUGGAGGAAGGGGACAUGCUGCUUUUGAGUGUCCUUCUGCAAGGUUUAUGGACCGUUUUCAAAGGAGGUAUUGAGAUUAAGAAAGGGUGUUUUUUAUUUACAUGAUAAUUUGUCACUUUUGGUUGUUAUGAAAAUUGAGAUUAUCUGUUUGAAUUUAUUUUAUUUUAUUUUCUUGCUAGGUUUGUUUGUAGUUUAGACUUUAAUUUCAGAGUUUGACAAAGGCUGCAAUUGAAUUGAAUUGAAUUGAGUGGUAGAAAUGCUGUUUCAAUCAUA